CCUGGUCAAAAUUAUUGCAUUAUUUAGGGAAUCGGAUGACAUUUAGAGGUCCUCCCCUUCCAUCGUUCCCUCCGCCUUCUGCUCCUUGGCAACAGUCAGGUGACCCCGCCGGAGUUCACUGAAGCAGGCGGCUGUGUUGCUCCUCUUGUCUCCCUCACUCACACUCGCUCCGCUGAACAGGGCCAGGGGGACUGUGCUGUGUUGCAUGACUCUGUCUGUCUGGGCUCUGCCGAGUGCUGACAUGACCACAGAACAGGAGAAGAAUGAGCUCACGCAGACUCCUCUGCUCAAGAUAUGGGUGCCAUGGUUGGGGAUGAAAGGCUGCAAGCUAAGUCGCCGGAGAGGCUCCUCCGUGCCCCAGCUCACCAACUCCCCCACUCUGAUUGUGAUGGUUGGACUGCCUGCCAGGGGAAAGACAUACAUAUCCAAGAAGCUCUCCCGCUACCUCAACUGGAUAGGGGUUCCAACAAAGGUCUUCAACUUGGGCCAGUAUCGCAGGGAAGCAGUCCAGAGCUACAAGAACUUUGAGUUCUUCAGACCGGACAAUGAGGAGGCCAUGCAGAUUCGCAGGGCCUGUGCUACAAAUGCCCUUGAAGAUGUAGUUAUCUACUUCUCAAAGGAACAUGGACAAGUAGCCGUGUUUGAUGCCACCAACACAACACGGGAGAGGAGGAUAUCCAUUGUGAGCUUUUCCAAGGAAAAAGGCUACAAGGUAUUUUUUGUGGAGUCCAUUUGUGAUGAUCCAGACAUCAUUGCACAGAAUAUCACGGAAGUGAAAGUGAGCAGCCCAGACUAUGUGAACUGUGACAAGGAUGAGGCGCAGGCAGACUUCCUGAAACGUAUCGAGUGCUACAAGCAAACCUAUGUGCCUUUGGACGAUGAGAAAGACAGGCAUCUGUCUUACAUCAAGAUCUUCAACGUGGGCUCUAGGUACUUGGUGAACCGUGUGCAAGACCAUAUACAGAGCCGGAUCGUGUACUACCUUAUGAACAUCCACGUCACACCGCGCUCUAUCUUCCUGAGCCGCCACGGGGAGAGCGAGCUGAACCUGCUGGGUCGCAUUGGGGGAGACUCAGGACUCUCUCCCAGGGGUCACAAGUAUGCCACUGCUCUGGGGGGCUUCAUCAAGGGCCAGCAUAUAAAGGAUCUGAAGGUGUGGACCAGCCAUAUGAAGAGGACCAUCCAGACUGCAGAGCAUCUGGGGAUUCCAUACGAACAGUGGAAGGCUCUCAAUGAGAUUGAUGCAGGUGUGUGUGAGGAGUUGACAUAUGAAGAUAUCCAGGAGAACCACCCAGAAGAGUUUGCACUGAGAGACCAGGACAAGUACCGGUACCGUUACCCCAAGGGUGAGUCGUAUGAAGACCUGGUCCACCGUCUGGAGCCAGUGAUCAUGGAGCUGGAGAGACAGGAGAAUGUGCUGGUCGUGUGUCACCAAGCCGUCAUGCGUUGUCUGCUGGCCUACUUACUAGACAAAACCGCAGAUGAGUUACCAUACCUAAAAUGUCCUCUUCAUACUGUGCUCAAACUUACGCCGGUGGCCUAUGGGUGUAGAGUGGAGCACAUUUGCCUAAACAUUGAGGCAGUCAACACGCACAGAGAGAGACCUGGGAAUGUGGACAUAACCAGAAACCCAGAAGAGGCGCUGAAGACUAUUCCUGACCACUUUUGAAUAUGAUUUAGAGGAUAUGGACUCUAGGACCGUACUGAACCAGCAAUAUUAUAUUUUCAAGUUUUAACUUUAUUGCUCGAUCAAUUAUGUCUUAGUACCUUUCCCCGAUUAAACUUGUCAAAAUCAGCAAGUGUCAAAGGGGAAAAAGAUAAGGAAGAAGACUAGAUGAAUAGAAGAUCAAAAAGGACAAACUCCACUGCCUCCGGAAACAGUGAGGGGGAAAUGGACUUUCUGCCUCCAACAUGGGACGGCUAAAGCCCAGUACUGUAUGAGUGUUGUUGACUGACCUAUAACGUCCAAUAAAUGUGCAUCAGUCUGCUCUGUCUUA